AUGGAAGCAAAACCUGCACCAGCUAGUUCUACUUCAGUGGGUAGUGGCACCCGUUCGCCCAGCAAAUUGUCUUCACCACGUAGCUCUGGAGCUGGUGGCAGCACUUUGAAACAACGUAAAACUACUAGCAGUACUACAGCUGCCCGUAGCCGUACUACCGGCGGAGCUGGUACUGGUGGCAUGUGGCGUUUCUAUACCGAUGAUUCUCCCGGCAUUAAAGUAGGUCCUGUCCCCGUUUUGGUUAUGUCUCUUUUGUUUAUUGCCUCUGUGUUUAUGUUGCACAUCUGGGGCAAAUAUAACCGCUCUUAAAUGACGUACAUGCAAUGAAAUUGUUACCUUCAACUGGUUGCUGGAUUUUUGUUGUCUUUCGUGCGAACGUAACCCAAUUUUUCAUUCAUAAACUUUGUCGACGUCAUCAUCAAUGUUGGUUCGUUACCGCUGCCACAAUUCAUUGAUGGCCGCAACACACAAUGAAUUAUCUAGGCUGGUAGUGUUAAAACUUUCAAAUAAUUUUAGUUUACUUCAUACAUUAAGUUAAAAAAACAAUUUUUAUAUACAUAUUUAAUUUGAACUAAUAUGAAAAAAGAUGGGAAAAACUACUGCAUAACAAAGCAGUAGUUUCUUCUGUUAAAUGAUAAUCAUUCCACAAUUUUUAGUGGCUUUAAUAUAAUAUAAAAAUGUAAUAAAUAUUUUCUUUUUUAAAAAAAUUUUAA